UGCUGGGGAAUGGCGGCUCAAAGAUGGAUGUUUACAACAGAACAACUUACGAACACUCCCAGUCGAAAGUGUGGGAUAGAUGCCGACAAAGAACUCUCAUAUCGUCAGCAGGCUGCGAAUCUUAUUCAAGAUAUGGGUCAACGACUUCAAGUUGAGCAGCUGUGUAUAAAUACUGCCAUAGUGUACAUGCAUAGAUUCUACAUGUUCAGAUCCUUCUCAAGAUUUCCUCGAAAUGAAAUGGCCCCAGCAUGUUUGUUUUUGGCAGCAAAGGUUGAGGAACAGCCGAGAAAGUUGGAACACGUCAUUAAAGUAGCCCAUGCUUGUUUGAACAGAGACCACAACACACCAACGCCUGACCCAAGGACAGAGGCAUACUUGGAUCAGGCACAGCAACUUGUCAUCAAUGAAAACAUAUUGCUACAGACACUAGGAUUUGAAGUGACUGUGGACCAUCCCCAUACCCAUGUUGUGAAAGCAAGCACAGUCAUUCUUGCCAAAGCUAGCAAAGAUUUGUCGAAGACCAGUUACUACCUUGCGACAAACAGUUUACAUAUGACGACACUGUGUCUUCAGUAUAGACCAACGGUUGUGGCAUGUGUAUGUAUCUAUAUGGCCUGUAGAUGGGCUAACUACAAGAUUCCUCGUUCAAAUGAAGGCCGUGAAUGGUUCCAGUAUAUUGACCCUAAAGUUACUCUGCCACUUAUAGAAGAACUGUACAAUGAUUUUCUCAACAUACUCAACAAAAGUCCAAUGAAAUUGAAAAAGAAAAUUAUGGGAUGGAAGGGUAAUGAAGGGCAGGCUCGCGAAGAAGACAGACCUGGACAAAGUAGUUCACAACCAGAGUCCAGUCGACCAUCUACCUCUUCACAUACAAGUAGCAAACACACCAACCAUGACCGGCGCGAUGGACCAGAGCUGAACAGACAUGCUCAUCCAGAACAAAAGCCUUCUCAUGAAAAAGAUGUACGAAUAGAACAUAAGAAAGAACAUUAUCAAGAGAAGAGACCCAGUGAUCAAAAGUCAGGGUCAUCUUCUCAUCAUCCUGAUAGAAAGCCACAACCCACGCAUCACCAAGAUCCAAAGCACGUUAAGAGAGAAGAACGCCGUGAAGGGCAUUCACAUACUCAACCUCAUCGGAAAGAAGCUCAGCACCAUACACCAACUGAACACAGAGACAAGAACUUACCACAUGAACGUCACAAAGAUUCUUCUCAGGUUAAGAAAGAUGUAAAUGUAAAUGGUAGAACUCAUUCCAGUAGUAGUGCUGUACAGUCUGCUAAACCUCAUCAUGAAGUUAUAAAAACUGAAAAUAAAGACAGUCCAGGAGUUAAACCCGAACAAACAGCACAACCUCCGGUGUCUGUCUCAUCUAAUAUUUCUCAUUCCCAAGCUCCGCUAGGAAUGCAACAUAAAUCAAAAACUGCUAUAGACUUCAAUCAGUAUGUUAAGCGCCGAGAACAAGAAAGAUUGGAAAAGGAAAAACAAAUUGAAAGGGAGAAGUUGAUAGAGAGACAUGAGAGGGAGAAACAGCAUGAAAGAGAAAAACUAGAAAAAUAUGAAAGGGAGAAAUUAUUAAAACACAGAGCAUCGGAAGCUGACCUUUUAAACAAGACAUUUUCAGAGGGUAGUACUAGAGAACAAACAAAACAUCGCCCUCCAAAAUUAGAUGUUAGUCUGCCUCUCCCUCAUGUUGACCACAAACACUCGAUGAAUAACAAGGAUAAAUCUGAAAGACCUUACAAUGUGAAUAUUAAAAGUCCAAUUAAACCUCAUCAUAAUAUUACAGUGAAAAGCCCAAUUAAAAGCUCAGAUCUGAAACAGCCAAAACUUGAAUUACCAAAAGUGCAAAUAACUCCAGAAAAGGACGGUGGAGAUCCAUUUAGUGUGAAUAUAAAUACAGAUCCUGCUAUAAGAAAGUUGAUAGGAAAUGACAAACAAGACUCUGGAAUGGUUAAUUCACAGUUUGAGGAUUCUCUAGAUUUGCUGGCAACGGAACCUCAAAUUAAUCAAGAAUCUAGUGAUAUUGUAAAUGAAAUAAAUACUGAAAAAGAAAUUAAAGAAGAACCAGAAGAUUUAGAACCUGGGGAAAUUUUUGAACCAGACAUAACUCUAAAUCCCGAACAUUCUGUUGCACCAGAUUUUAAAAUUAAAGAAUUGAACUAUGAUCCAGAACAUAGCAUGGAAAGUGCUGCUGUAUUACGGUUGGCUAUCAAACAAGAGUCCAAUAGUGCUGAACCAGGAAGUGGUUCAAAUACGCCAUUAAAACUGAAAAUACCAAGUCAAAGCGUGAGUAGUGGCAACUCUCCUCUGAAAAUUAAAAUCAGUACGAAAGGUAUUUCAACAGAUAGUGACCAUAGUUCUGGUAAACACAGUUCACCGCAUCGUCAUAAACAUAAACACAAAGAUAAACAUAAAUCUCAUAAACAUUCACGUGAUAAAGAAAGACAUAGAGAAAAGCAUCGUGAAAAGCACAGCAGUAGUAGCAGUGUUGCAGAAACUAACGGACAAUCCUCCUCGCUCAAAAUGAGCAUCAAGUUGUCAGAUAUUCAAGGUCACACAGGUACGAGCAGUGAACAUUGGUCAGUGAAAAAUAAACAUGAUAAACACAAACACAGAGCAUCGAUAUCAGAUCCCUCUUUAAACAAGAGUAACAAUGCUCUUGAACCUGAUCGUUCGCAACCCUGGUCCAUGUCCGAUUUAAUCACAAAGUCCGGCUCCUCUGGUGCGCGAUCACCCUCGAGGAAACGUAGGCGAACACCGACAGUUGAUCAAAGUGUAGAACAGUCUUCACAUACAAAAGCAGCAAAAAUGGGUUCACAGCGUAUAAGACGGUCCUCCUCUUCCCACUCUGUUGUCAGUAUGGAACUGUCUGAUGGAGAGGAAAGUCAGGUUAAUGGUCCACAGGAACAGAAUACCCUCAAUUUACUUAACAUUAAUCUCAUGCAAGCUAUUGCUCAAACAAAACAAAAAGUAGAAAGUUUACAAAGAUCUCAGUCCGCAAGAAAUUCUCCUCGGGAACCCAAACCUCCAGUUAAUAGACAGCAGUCUGGAUUUGACUUAGAGGGUAUGAUGUGGGCAGGUAGUGGAACAGGUGAUGCUCCACCUUUACCCACUAGCCACCCAGCCCCUCCCCCUCCACCACCUGAUAAAAAACCCCGCCCCAAAAUCUCGUGAUAAUGAAAAAAAAAUGCAUAUAAUUUCUUAGUCAUUAUAAAAAAUAUUUGAUGGUACGGAGAAAAGUAAUUUUCAUUUUUUACAAUUAUACCAAACAGUUUUGUAGAAAUUUGAUAAGAUUUAUACAUAAUUUGUGAUUUUUAAGUUUUCUGAAUUUUAUGUAAUUAUAGUUUGAUACAUUUGUUAAAUACCGCAAGGAACCACUCGCAUGUCAGGAUGCAAAAUGUUGGCUAAGAUAAUAACUGUAGGCUGCAACUCUGGCUAGGGCGUUACAUGGCAUUUUAUAUAUCUCCAGCGGCUGUUGCAUUAGUGUUCAGCAGUUCAUGAUAAAUAUAUGUUAGUUUUAGUUGGGAUUUUUCAGUUUCUCUUUUUUUUUAUGCAUGUUAAAUUUGAUUUUGGUUUAUAGUGCCAUAGUUUGGCAUGUAUUAUAGUGAGUUGUACAGCAUUGUAAAUUCAUGAAAGAAAAAAGAACGAGGAGUUGUGAGAAAAAAAAAUUGUCAACGUUCAGUUGUACAGUUUUCAACAUAACUUAUUAAAUUUACAUAGAAAAAUGUACAUAUAAAUUAGCUGUUGUAAGCACUGUCAGAAAAGUUGUAAGGUGGAAGAUACCAAGCUUACCACUAAUAUGAAAAAUUUGACCCCUUCCACGUAAUGCCAAUCAAAUAUAAUUUGCUAGUUCAGUCAUUGUGAAAAUAGAAGAAAAUGUGGUUAGUUUUCCAUCAUUGUGUGAGUACUGUUUAAAGAUCAGUUUGGUUGUAACCCAACGGCAGUUUAGCUUUUAUUGAUGCUUGAAUUACCAUUCCUUCCAACACCAAUUUUCCUCAUAGUAUAACUUGAUAUCUACAAAUAAUGCUUGAGUUUUGCAGUUGGGGUGAAUACUUGGAAAAAAGUAAUAUGUGAUGACCUGAAUUCUUUUGAAAACUUUUUCUUUGUUAGUCAAAAUUGUCAGAUUGUAAAUAUGUUUAAGCAUUUCUGUGUGAAAACAUUUUAAAAACACCUGAUUUAUUCGUCCCCUACCGGGAGGGGACUAUAAGAAUGCCCUCCGUCCGUCUGCAAAUUUGGGUCCUGCAAUUGCUCAAAAAGUAUUCAAGCUAGGUUCAUAAAACUCAGUAUGUGAAUAGAGGGCAAUAUGUAGAUUAUGUGUGUACAUGACAUAUUCUUGUAGGUCUAAGGUCAAGGUCACUAUUGAAGGUCAAGUAAAAAUUGAUUCCGCUCCGUAUCUUUUAUAUGCAUUGAUAGAUUAUCUUAGUGCUACACAGAAAUGUUCCCCAUGAAGAGAUGAUGUGUCAACACAUGACCUAUGCUUGGCGGUCAAAGGUCGAGGUCACUAUUGAAAGUAUUCCACCAGUAGGGGACUUACGUAUGCUACUGCAAUACUCAGUCACUUGUUAGGAUGCCAUCUUAAUGACACUGGAAAUAUUGUCAGUUUAACUGACUUCAUAAAAGAUAAUUUUAAAAAUUGGAAUUGUGAGAAAUGGCCUUGCCCGGAAGCUUUCAAGAUGUAUUUUGAUGAAAGUUAUCUUGUUAUGCUGAGAAAUGUCAAUAGAAAUUAUUUGUUACAGCGACUAUAUUGAACAUUAUGUUAUCUACAGGGUGUAUAGUAUGGUUUUCGUUCCACUACAAUCAGUUUUAUACUUGUCCAUACUCAGGUUUCAGAAUUUCUACUAUAAUAGAUGAGCAGUUGAAUGUUUUAUCAGGAAUAAUGUUAUGUUGUUAUGAUUUCCUAUAGUCUACUUUAUUUUGUGAUAGUUUAAAAAGAUGUGUUCAUUUUGUAAUGUUAUUACUGGUAAAAAAAAUACAUAGACUGAUGAAAUUUUGAAAUGGAGAUCAGCAGUUGAGUCUUAUAUAUGAACGUUUUAUACAUUGUACUGUGUAGAAAGACCAAGCCAAAUUGUGUUUGUUGUUUGCAGGUGGUCUUUAGUGCUCUGCACAUUUUUAAAUCCGAAAUAUAACUAGUGAUUUUGAGAACCAGUCUGUUUUCAUAGGCAGUUUUUAUCGCUUGUUUGACUGUAUUUAAAAUGCCAAGUGGGAAUCCAGAAUUUCAAAUGUUAGGUAGUAAAGCACUAGCUGUGAAAAGAGGAUUUAUUUGUCUAGGAAACAAAUAGAAGUUUUUUUUAUACAUUUCAGGAAUACAAUUCUAAUAUACUGGGUGUUGUAUGUAAAGAUUAUUCUGUAGAUCAGCAUCUGUAGUAUAAAUGAACAAUUGAGCCGCACCAUGAGAAAACCAACAAUGUGCAUUUGUGACCAGCAUGGAUCCAGACCAGCCUGCGCAUCUGCGAAGUCUGGUCAGGAUCCAUGCUGUUCGUUUUCAAAGCCUAUUGCAAUUAGAGAAACUGCUAGCAAACAGCAUGGAUCUUGACCAGACUGUGCGGUUACGCAGGUUGGUCUGGAUCCAUGCUGGUUGCAGAUGCACUAUGUUGGUUUUCUCAUGGCGCGGCUCAGUUGCUGUAUUUGUGAAGAAUAUAUGAUUGAGAAUGCAGUAGAAAUGUUCUUGCAUAUUUAUUUGUAUACUUUCAUACAUACUAAGUGCUUUUACUGUUUAUAGUUAAAAUUAUUUUAUGCAUAAAAUCAGUAACCUUAUAACAUAGAGAAAAUAUUUAAUGACUGAUACAUUGGCAUCUGUUGCCGCAUUGUUAUGGUUGCUGUUUUGAGUCUGUCCAGUUGUUUUUUUUUUUUUUGAGAAGCAUAUUCAGAUAUGGAAUGCUUCAAAAGGUAGCAAUUCUAGGUCUGUGUUCUACCCAGCAUCCUGCUAUAGAAAAGUUCAGGUUGCCAUCAGUUGGACUUGGAACCCAACAAGUCCACAGCAGUUGGUAGCCAGUUACAGUUUCCAUCCAAGAGCUUUAAUUUUGGUUUUAAAUAGUGCCAAAUGAUAUAAAAAAAAACAAAAAAAACAUGUACUUACUUUACUGUCUCUAUGGGUAAUUACAAAUGUUAGAUUUUGUUCAUGUAAACUUGUUGUGAUAAAUUGUAUUCAUACCAUGUGUACAACCUGUGUUUGAUAUGUAUCACCUUUUCGUAUUAUAAUUCCAAGGUGAAUGUUUUUUUGGUUUGCUAUCUUACUGACUGAUAUUAUUAUAGAAUUGCUGCAUAUUAUUUGGUGUAGACCAUACAAAAAAAGAUUGUGAUAAUCAUCAUAUAUUGCUUAAUAUUAAUAACAAAUUAUUCCGAUAUUUUCAUAACUUGUUUUCUGUGCUUGUUUUAUAAUUAUGCAUUGUCGUGGUAGAUUUCUGUAGAGAACUACCGCGUCUUUUAAAAUACUUUAAACUUGAGCAUCAGGAUGGGCAUUUAUGAUAAAUCGCAAUGUAAAAGAAAAGUCUUGAUUAAAUUUAUGGUAAAUUACAACUUUGGUCAAUUUUGAGUCUUACUGAAAAAUUAAAUGUGUGAUUAUGAAUUUCAGUGCUUUUUACCCAGUUUAUUAGCAUUCUGUUGGUUCUGAGGUAUUUAGCGCUUUCCCUAUGAUCAGAAGUUCAGAAAAUAGUUUAGACUACAAAUUGAUGGGUUAUCAUAUAUCCCCGAUCAAAAUCAUAAAAUUAGACUUGAAAGUUGUUUUGUCUGCGACUUUAUUUGAGGUAGGCUGGCAGUAAUUUGUAAAAACUUAUAUGAAAUUGUUAAAAUUAAACCUGUACAAAUUUCAGUGAAACUGUGCCAUAAGCUAGAAUAUAAUGAUAAAUAUGAAAACCAUUGAAAAUUUUCUGGCCAAUGCAUGGUUUAAUACCAUGAUACAUUUUCAGAUCUUAAGUUUCAAAAGGUCAUUUCAUGUAUAUAGAGUGAGCCAAACUCAAGCACUAAUUUAUUUGUAGAGUUUGACUUUCAUGUAUUAAAAACUUUGAGCAAAUCACAUUUUCAUCACUUGAUGUAUAUGUAGCAGAAAGUAAUCCCAGUUAUCCAUUUUAUUAAAGUUAUUAACAAGACUUAAACCACUUGCUUACAUGAAGUGUAUGUUACAUGCGUAUCAUUUAUAGUUACCAGAUGUUUUUGUGUUUGUAUCUUAUCAUAGUAUUUUUUUUCUCCAUUAACUUUAAUAGAAGUUAUUUUCAUUUUGACCCAUUAACAGUUGUUUCACUGUCUGAUUGUACAGACAUCACAGAUUUACUGCUAUACAAACAUCACAAAUUGUACAAAAAAAAUGCAGUUACUGUUUCUUAUGUGUUAUAUUAAGUAGAUGCCAGGUGAGCACAUUAUAUUCUCAAGCUUAUGUAUUAGGAUAAGGUUUAUAGUGUUAAUGUUAACCUUUACCCUGCUAAAUUUCUAAAAUGGACUGGUCCAUCAUUCAAUUUGGGCAGCACCACUUACUAUUCAAAGGAGUGUUCAAUGAAAAUUUACUGACUGAAUAGCGAACAGUGCGGACCAUGAUCAGCUUGCACGGAUGUGCAGGCUGACCUUGGUCUGUACUGGUUGCAAAGGCAAAACCACUUGCCACCAGCAGACUAAAGGUUAAACCCAGUGUCAUGUCGUUUUAAGUUUUCCAAGUUUUAUGUCAUUACAAAUAGUUCAGAACAAUUUUUAUAAAUUGAUGGGGUUGUUUUUAUGCCCCCAAAGGGAGGCAUAUACUUUUUGAACCGUCUGUCGGUCUGUCAGUCUGUCCGCAAUUUUCGUGUCCGGUCCAUAUCUUUGUCAUCGAUGGAUGGAUUUUCAAAUAACUUGGCAUGAAUGUGUACCACAGUAAGACGACGUGUCGCGCGCAAGACCCAGGUCCGUAGCUCAAAGGUCAAGGUCACACUUAGACAUUAAAGGAUAGUGCAUUGAUGGGCGUGUCCGGUCCAUAUCUUUGUCAUCGAUGGAUGGAUUUUCAAAUAACUUGGCAUGAAUGUGUACCACAGUAAGACAACGUGUCGCGCGUAAGACCCAGGUCUGUAGCUCAAAGGUCAAGGUCACACUUAGACGUUAAAGGAUAGUGCAUUGAUGGGCGUGUCCAGUCCAUAUCUUUGUCAUCCAUGGAUGGGUUUUCAAAUAACUUGGCAUGAAUGUGUACCACAGUAAGAUGAGGUGUCGUGCGCAAGACCCAGGUCCGUAGCUCAAAGGUCAAGGUCACACUUAGACAUUAAAGGUCAUUUUUCUUGAUAGUGCAUUGAUGGGCGUGUCCGGUCCAUAUCUUUGUCAUUCAUGCAUGGAUUUUAAAAUAACUACGCAUGAAUGUGUGACAGAGUAAGACGACGUGUUGCGCGCAAGACCCAGCUCCGUAGGUCAAAGGUCCUAAACUCUAACAUCGGCCAUAACUAUUCAUUCAAAGUGCCAUCGGGGGCAUGUGUCAUCCUAUUGAGACAGUUCUUGUUUUUUUAAAGAUUUUUUUAUAUUUAUGCUAAAUAUAAAACAGAAUCUAUGGAAUAAAACCUUCCACAUGAGUAACUGGGACAAAGGGUUCUGGCCAGGCUGUAAUUGUGUGUUGGGCACAAGUUGGAUAGCCUUCAGGCUUGUCCGACAAAAUUGAUAUUCCAACCAAUAUGUACAAACUGUAACCUCUUCAGGAAAUGAAGUAUUGGAACUUCCUUCUGAAAUUGGUUUAAAAAAAUAGGAUAAAUACUAAUAAUAUUUUAUAAUGUAUUUGUAUGAAAAAAGCAGACAUUGAUCUCUGACAUUUCUACUGUAAAUGUAUAAAUAAUACAUAAAUAUGUUAUGUUGUAAUUUGAAUAUCAAAAAGUAGCCUACUGUUAAUAAAGCAAGUGCUGGUCACAGGGUUUAACUGUACUGUUUACAUUCUAGUUCUAUCAUUUGAUUGUCACAAUGCAUGUAUUUAAACUGAAAUGAUUUCAGACCCUUUAGUUGAAAAAAUAAAAAAAACUUUCCUCAACUUUCUCUUCAAAAAAAAUUUAACUUGUUUGAUAUAUAUUGAAAUUAUCUUGAUUUGAGCUGCGCCAUGAGAAAAUUAACAUAGCGGCUUUGCGACCAGCAUGGAUCCAGACCAGCCUGCGCAUCCACGUGGCUGGUCGCAAAGCCACUGUGUUGGUUUUCUCAUGGCGCGGUUCAUUUAUUCUUGUUAUGUUUGUGUACUUAGAUGCAGGGACAUGAUUGAUUGUUAAAAUUGUGUUUGUAAAUUUUGUCACAGGACACUUUGAAAUAGCACAUUAUAGCAACAAAUGAGUUAACUGCUGUCUAUACCACUAUGUUUGUGCAAUUUUAGUUUGUAUAUUCAAAAGGAAUACCACGUUUUUUUUUUCAGUAUAAAUUGUUUAUAAAGACAAAGAGUAUUUGUAUGUAUGGUUAUUUUGUCUGGUACAUUUAUAUGCUGGUGCUGUCGUGGUCUUGAUAAAAUCUUAAAAUUAAAAAAAAGUAUGAAAAUGCCAAUUAAAAAUAGAAAAUUUUGAAAAAGCUAA